AGAUGUUUGGUGUGUGUUGUACAAAUCCAAACCCUGGCAAGCCAACAGAUCCAUCAACUGCUGCAUCAUCAACUGAUCAACCUAUUAUAGAACCGGAAGACACAGUAGUAGAUGCGUUCAAUGCCAACGAGAGUGUAAUACCUUACUACCCGCAGUUAUUUAAUUGGCCCCCUCCCCUUCCAACUCAUUCUCCUGAUAACACGAUUCCGCCUCUACCAACGCAUCCACCUUCUCAUGGAUACCCUACCAUUGCUUCUACAGCUUGGCCUCCCACUUUAAAACCAAUUAACCCAAUUUACCAACCUACUUAUAAACCACCCACGUACCCAACUUACAAGCCUCCCGCAACUAAACCUCCCGCAACUAAGCCUCCUUCUCAUGUUACUGUACCUCCUUCUCCAGCUCUUCCAAGUGGGAGUUGUGGGACUAAAAAUGGUUACCAAGAUCAGAAGAGAAUAGUUGGAGGACAUAAUGCUCAGGUGAAUGAGUGGCCUUGGAUUGCAGCAUUGUUUAAUGGAGGAAGACAGUUUUGUGGAGGGUCCUUGAUUGACAAUCAGCAUAUUUUGUCAGCAGCACAUUGUGUAGCGCAUAUGAGUUCCUGGGAUGUAGCGAGACUUACUGUUAGACUUGGCGACCAUAAUAUCAAAUCAAAUUCAGAAACUCGACAUAUCGAGAAAAGAGUAAAAAGGGUGGUACGGCAUAGAGGAUUCGAUUCCAGAACACUGUAUAACGAUAUCGCCAUAUUAACCCUGGAUAGUCCAAUAGAUUUUAGUCAACAGAUCAGAUCUAUCUGCCUUCCUCUCGGUACAUCAGAUCCAACUGGGAAAACGGGAACAGUAAUCGGAUGGGGAAGUUUAAGAGAGAGUGGGCCACAACCAGCUGUGCUACAAGAAGUUAAUAUUCCAAUCUGGAAUAACUUUAACUGUAAAAUAAAGUAUGGUUCAGCUGCUCCGGGAGGUAUUGUCGAACAUAUGUUGUGUGCCGGGGAAGCUAAUAGAGAUUCCUGUAGUGGUGAUAGUGGUGGACCUUUGAUGAUAAAUGAUGGCAAAUGGACCCAAGUUGGUAUUGUGUCUUGGGGUAUAGGUUGUGGAAAAGGACAGUAUCCAGGAGUUUACACAAGGGUAGAAAAGUUCCUACCUUGGAUUCAAAAGAAUUUAAAAUAAUAAAUAAACGACAAAAAUACAGAUAAAGCUAUUUAGCUUAUUAAAUCAGAUAAGUCUUAAGUAAAUAUUUAUUUUUGAUACCAG